AUGCCUCCGCAGUUCUCCGCCUACAAAUCCGCUUCCCCGAACGUCUACCCCGAUCUACCGCCGCUGGUCACCUUCGCGACCGACGUGUUUCACCCAUUGAUCGUUCCCCUCACAACAUAUACCUUCAGUACUAGCUCAGCAAGUGAUAACCCCGUUAGUGCGACCGAUGAGGAACGUCUACCUCCAGGUGGCUUCAGUCUUCGUCAUGGUUUCCCACACUGGUUCGGUAGAGCGACACGAAAUGACAUUGCAUCUGGGGUUUCGUCGCGCAAUGUGAGCGGGAAUAGUGCGAAGGUGGUUUCUCCUACCGAGGCAAAACAGAGCGCAACUGAAUUGGAAUUGGAGACCGAACAACCAUCGGGCACGCCACAUACUUUAGACGAUGUCUCAGAUCAGCCGAUCAGCAACGAAGACAAUACCGAGGCUCAAGAAGAACCCACCCGGGUUGCACAGGUGCCUAAUUUGGAUCAAUUCGUUCAACCCAGGACGAUUGUUCCUGUUUACGAACUGCUUGAGUAUAUCCGAUCGACAUUUGACGACGAGGAAGUGCUAGACUCAUUACCUGUCGAGGCAGCGGGGAAUCCGGGCGCAUGGCACGCAUGGAAAGCUCAUCGUCGGGGUGGACAUACUCCUGGUGAUUUGAAACGGGGAAGCCCGCAGGCUCGGCUCCCUGGUGACUGGCAUUGGGAUGGGAUCUGGGCUCGCCGAGUAGAGACUGAGAUCGAGACUAGUAAUUCCGAUCCGAUGCUGUUUGGGAACGCCUCUCGAGCAGGCGAUGAGAUGGUAAGGGCCACCCUGAUAUUACAAUUUCUGACACGGAAAUUAACGCUCUUGACAGAUAAGAUUCUCGCGAUUGGACGAGGCGACUUUGGGUUCGGUGAAGGAGAUGAUGGCUGCAGUGGCGCACGUACAUAA